AUGAUCAACAGAAAUCCAUCAGAGACCCUGGAAGCUGAUGUUUUGCAAAGCAUUGACGAAUUCUGUGAUGCCGAGACAGGAGGUGCUUUCAAGCAGAUACUCCUCCAGCAACUCGAGAGGCGCGAGUUGGACCCAUCCAUGAUCCUUAGUGACCAAGAAACCCAGUGGGCACUGGAGCUGAAGCAGGCCGUAACGUCAUCCAAUGGUGAGGCCCCAGUCUUCAACGACAUGGACUAUGCCCAGCAUGCAAUUGUUGCAUCUGGCGACAUCCAAGAGGCACUUGCCCGCGUACGAGGGAUGCAGCUUUUCCACAAGAAACAUGGCAUUGACCACAGCUGCAAACAGAUCAUCUUUUAUCUGAAGGGAUUCUUAAGGCAGUAUCCUGGAUGCUUGUUGCACUUGGACAAUGACCCACUCUCAUUGGAGAGUGUCCUUGUGUUUGAGACGACUUGUUUGGGUGGACUAUCUGCACUUUCCCAAUGGGAAAACAAGGGCGGUACUACAGGCCCAGGGUACAGUUGGAAAGUAUGUGUAGUUGGGUUGUACUACUUGCUCUACUUGUUGCAACCAAGCUUUUCAUCAAGCCGGAAAGGACUACUUCUUGCUGUGGACUGCCAAAACGAUGAUUGGGACGACUCCACCAAGCAAUUUGGCCAGUGCAUGCUCCAAGAACUCUUGCUUUUUUUGCCAGUGAAUUGCAGAGGAGUCAUGGUGUUCAACACAUCCACAGUAGCAAACUUGAUGAUCAGCACAUACAAGCCUUUCCUGCCAAGAAACAUAAGAGAAAACGUUUUCAUGAUGAUGGGGUCUGAGCUUCAAAAAGGAUUCAACGGCGGCACCACUACGAGCCUCCGAGAACUUUAUGGUCAACCUUCUCUGGCUGAAACCGAAGAAAGGGCUCUGCGGAGGGCAGUCACCCUCAAAGCUUUGCGGUCUUGCAAUGAGAAAGUGUUCCAGUUGGAUGCGUGCUUCACCUCUUCCUAA